CUUUCAAAAUGGCGGCAGAUUUGGCGGAUCGCAGCUUUUCUCUUCUUCCAUCGGUUUUUGAAUUACUGUUACAUAACGCUGAUAAUAUAAUAGACGAUACAAGCAUCGAGAAGCUUCUUACGUGGCUUGGCGAAGUUUCUUCCCAAAGAAAUAGCCUUGAAGCUCUUCUCUCAGGCGAAACUGGUGCGCGUGAGUUCCUUCACAGUGACAAAUUGUUCGAGAGCUCUACAAGUUUAGCCUUCGCGCUGCGGCUUUGUGGAUUGUUAUGGAGACACGAGGAGUGCUUCGAGGACUUGGAGUCUAUGCUAGGGCUGUUUAAGAAGUCUACACUGGAUAGCAAUGGUUUGUGGGGGGAAGCCGUGGUAAGACAUGCGUGGUUUAGCGGUCUGCAGUCUCUUUGUACGCAUAGAGCGGGACGAAAGGCUUUGCAACAUUUGUCAGAGUGUUUUUCAAAAGCUGCGGAACAUGUCACAGACAGCAGUAUGUUUGUUGCUCAAGCUGCAAGAACAUUUACAGCCAAACUGCUGAUUUCAUCCUUUGUAGAUGAUUCCAUAAGCACCAAUAAUCUGGCCUCCGUGCUUCCAAAUACUGCCUCAUUGCUAAAAACUCUAAAAGCAAAACUGUCUGUAGAACCAAUGACUUCAAACACAGGCAACCCUAACUAUGGAAUUGCAGCUCUUGAGCUUAUAAGAAUUUUACUGGAUACAAAUGCCAAAGCUGGACAAGAUGUUCUAAGAUUUUCUGGGCUUUUCACUGCAACUAUAAAACUGUUAUAUGUAUCUGAUGGGACUUAUUGUAGUAAAUUUGUGGAUAUUAUCUGUGAGAUGGUAUCAUCUACAUCGCCAUGGGGUCUGGAAUGGGACCGUCUUCUUACAGUGUGCCAUGAAGAAGAGGGCGCUGGCAACACGUCGUUGAUGUUACUGCAGUUACCACUGGUCUUGAUGGAGCGUCAGUUCACAUCUCUUGCCGUUGCUCUUAUCUCAGGAUUGGCAUUCCCAGAAGGAACACUUCCAAGCUCUUUUCCAUCCACUUGGUAUCAGUGUUUGUAUGCUGUGCUGGAUGCUGUUCUUGCAGCACUUUACCCACCCCCUCCAAGUGGUACAGACACCAUCUGCAAUGGCUCUGUGGGUACAACAAGGAGGUGUCAUGAUAUUGUGAAAGAAAUCAUAAGCCUCUGUGAGAAAGAAAAUGGUGUAGAUAAGGUUGUUAAAGGUGAGAUAAGACAGCUGUUAUGUCCAGGGCGAAUGAGUGAGAAAUCAAAACUGAAUGUCCUGAUCAAAGUUAUUGGUGCAGUGGAAGGACUUGCUAGUAAGGCCCCUCAAGCAUGUCCUGUGAGCACAUCAAAGUGGAGCAAGUACUCCCUGGCAGUGCUUGCAAACUGUGCCCUUGGUGAUGUUCCUAAUGAAGAAUAUGUGUUACCUCCUGGGUUACAAGGUGAUUUGAAGCUAUUGAAGGCGAGUCUGUCAGCUGCACUCUCCCUUAUCAAAGUCCAAGUGAUGGUUCAAGGUAAUGACGGUGAUGAGAUACUUUAUGAAGCGGCCAAGUUAUUGGUGAAAAUAGUUAAGAAUUCUGAAUCAGAAGCGAUGGUCAUCGUUGCGGCAUUGAAAGCUCUUGGGGAACUCCUGAAUGUCAGCUCCAGUACUACCGAGUCCCUAUUGGCUACAACCCCUCAAACCACAGGGGCACCGGCCUUGAAGCAUCCUGAACUAUGUGACCGAAACUCAUGCCUAACCACAGGAAGCCCAACAAGGAAACGACACGGGCCAUGCGACCAGGGUAAUGAAAUAGAAGGUGCAACUACGAGGUCUGAGCCAAAAGCACAAGCUUCUGAUAAAAACUCUGACAGUCCUGAUAUGAAGCGCCCUAAAAAAUGCACCGAGCAAGGUAACCUGGUCUCCAGUAAACCCACAGUAAGCCCAACCAUUGGAGACAAUGUUUUGCAUGCCCAGGCCCCAAACACGUCCACAGACAGCCCACCUGGGAGUAGUGGCUCAAUUGUUGCUAGUGGAGAAAGUUUUUCUUGUGAGCUAGGCAUGGCAUUGCACCAAAGCCUGAGAGACCAGAUGUGGGAGAUCAAGGACUCGGUCCUGGAGCUUGUUUUGAGCUUACUACAGACUCAGCAAGACCCCUUCAUACUAUUCCUGGAACAGCACAAUCUCCCCUGUGCGAUCUGGCGAGCUGUUGACGACUGUGAGAGCUACGUCCGUGCCUCGGCCUGGCUCGUAAUCGGACACAUUAUUUGUUGUGCAAGUCUACACAUCUAUAAUUGCCAGGGUUCGCUCAUUACAGAGGAGGAUAUCCUUACCAAGAUCGUCUACGUACUACAACACGACAGCGAGGCUAUCCCAAGACGCUCUGCGGUCGAGUGCCUCACAUUAUCCCUCCAACACAGGGUGUCCGCGCUCGAUAUCAUCUUCUCUGCCGAGUCCUCCUCAGUCACGACUCUGACGUCAAGUGUUUUGUCAUGCGCAAUGAAGGACUUUGAUUGGGAAGUCAAGCUCCGUGGACUUUCCCUAGUGGAGGCUAUAGUGAGACGUGUUGCCACAGGCAUCCCGAGUGGGUUAGAAUUGUCUGGAGUUUUGGAGCGGUUAGGGGCGUUGCGGGCUUUAUUUGAAGCUGUUACUGAUUGCGACUCCUUGGUUUGCGAGAAGGCACUGAAUGUUCUGGAAUUGCUGAAGCGGACGAGUGGAGACUGUGCCGAGCGCGUGAAUGGCUUACCGGGCCAAGGAGAUGGGAUACUUGGAAAAAAAUAUUCAAAUAAUUCGCGCGUUGAUGCUCCAAGUCAAGAAAAUGCUCAAACAAGGGAAGAGCAAAUAACGGAAGAUUUUAACGAUUCCCCGAUCAAUUCGGUGGAAGAUUUAGCGAAAGCUCUCUCUCGUGGCUUUCUAGCAUGCGACUGGGAUCAUAUUGUUCAGCGGCUGGACAUUCAAAGCAUGCGCGAGGACUGCACAUGCGCUGACAGCAUAGUCCGCUCGGAGCCUGCGUGCAUGCUAGAGGACAUUUUGUCAGCGGCUACCGACCACGAAGAAAACUUACUUGACUGCUACUAAUGGCGACUGAACAGAAGGCUCAUUAACACGUUUAAUCAGGUUGUUAUACUGUCAACUCCUUAUGGAUGGGCAUGAUUGCAGUUAUGGCUAAACGGACACAAAUUUUUUCAUCCUCCUAUCAUAUAACUGUAUUAGUUUUAGAGAUGUAAGCGUUUGAAAACUAUAAUAUGAGGUACCGUGAGUGCUUGUUUUAUACGCCCUGGGCCCUUCUAUCAAAAUUCCAACUUCAGCCCUAUGAUAUCAAAAUAUGAAUUUCAAGUAUUGCAUUUAGAAAAUAAUAAUUCAGCAAUAAUUCAGCACGCGCCUUUCAUUGUUCAAUAUUUUAAAAAGAGAGUAACUAGUCGUGGAUGUCAAAAGCCUUGCAUUUGGUCACCCUCGCGUUUUAAAGGGCCACUAUCAAGGUGAAGAGUGAUUUUAGCGUCAUUUUGGCGAUCUAAAAAAACAGUCAAAAUAAUGCGGAAUAAUUAAAAUAACUAUCCAGGUUUAUAAAUGACCUUAGAUCUUUCAGAUAAAUACAGUAUUCUGGUCUUAACUCCUCACAUCUAACAGAUGGAAAUGGAUUGAAAAUAGUACUUUUAGGUUUCGGAACAGGCUGUACCUAUACUCAAACCUUGAAAUUGCAUAAAUAAACAACUAGAUUUCUUUUACGGA